GCGCGGGUGGCGGCCGGCCGGCCGGCGCGGGGCGGGGCGGGGCCGGCUAAAUUUGUCGCGCUAGCUCCCUCUCGCUUUCCACCACCACAUCAUCCUCCAUGUCGCCGUCUACUCCACCCCCAACUAACCCCACCCCCACCACCGCGCGUCGAUCGAUCGACCGAUCGCCCUAGCUAGCUAGCUAGCUCGGCCGGCCGCGCGCUUAUAACCCACGGCGCCUAAGCACCGGAGAGCCCGCGUGCGUACGUCCCCGCUUAUCCUCCGCCGCACGCACGCACGCACGUUCCGCGUACUCCGAUCCGAUCUCCUCGUCGCGCCGGCCGCCAUGGGCUCGUAUGUUCAAGGCGAGGACGAGGUUCCGGUGUACGAAUCGGGAGUGGAGGAGGAUCGAGACGAUGAGCAGAUACUGACAACGGGACACCGCCGGCCGGCCGGCCGGCCGAUCGUCCAGAAGCUGCAGGAGAAAUGGAAAUCGGCGGCGGCGCCGCCGUACCCGGCGAUGUACUCGAGCGUGGUGGGCGGCAUCAUCCUGGACCCGGCCAUGAUGGUCGUCCCCAUCGACGACCACAUGGUGCACCGCGGGCACGGCGUGUUCGACACCGCCAUGAUCCUCGACGGCAACCUCUACGAGCUCGACCCGCACCUCGACCGCUUCCUCCGCUCCGCCGCCAAGGCGCGGAUCGGGACGCCGUUCCCGCGCGACACGCUGCGCGGCAUCCUCGUCCAGAUGACGGCGGCGUCCAACUGCCGGCGGGGCUCCAUCCGCUACUGGCUCAGCUCCGGGCCGGGCGACUUCCUGCUGUCGUCGCGCGGCUGCCCGGCGCCGGCGUUCUACGCCGUCGUCAUCCCGACCGACUACGCCCAGUGCCGCCACGGCGUGCGCGCGGUGACCACGUCGGUGCCCAUGAAGCCGCCGCUGUUCGCCACCAUGAAGAACGUCAACUACCUCCCCAACGUGCUGUCCAUCAUGGACGCCGAGGACCGCGGCGCGUUCGCUUCGGUGUGGGUGGACGACGAGGGCUACGUGGCGGAGGGCCCCAUGGUGAACGUGGCGUUCGUGACGGCCGCCGGCGAGCUGGUGCUCCCGGCGUUCGACAAGAUCCUCACCGGGUGCACCGCCAAGAGGCUGCUGGCGCUGGCCCCCAGGCUGGUGGAGUCCGGCGUGCUCAGGGGCGUCAGCACCCGCCACAUCGCCGCCGCCGACGCCAGGCGCUCCGCCGAGAUGGCGUUCGUCGGCAGCGGCCUCCCGUUGCUGCCCAUCGUCGAGUGGGACGGCCAGCCCAUCGGCGACGGGGAGGUGGGGAAGACGAUGCUGGCGCUGUCGGAUCUGCUGUGGGAGGACAUGAAGUCGGGGCCGGACAGGAUCGCGGUUCCGUACAAGUGAUGGAGGCAGCAGCAGCAGCAGCAGCAGCUAGUACUGUGCAUGUGUCGUGUACAACAACAGUACAAGAGGGAAGCAUGGGCGACAUGAUUUUCUUGUGACG